AUGGGCCCACUUGGGGAUGGGAUUACUGGUGCGCAUAUUCGAGGUCGCAGAGUACUAGGCAAAUCUGCUGAGAUGACAGAUCAGGAAGCCCAGGAGAUACUCAGGAAUGAUAAGUGGGCGAAUGAGCUUGCGGAAAAGCUUGGGGAGGUGGAAGAAGGGUCACAGGACUUGAGCAUCUACAGAGUUCCAAGUAAACUUCGAAAAGUGAAGGAUGGUGCAUACAACCCUCGCGUUGUCUCUAUUGGACCUCUCCAUCGAGACAAUAAUCCUAACCUUUUAGCUAUGAAAGAACAUAAAUGGCGUUACAUGCUCCUCCUUUUCCAGCAAACAGACAACCCCAAAAAUACUAUCGAAUGCUUGCAAAAGUGCACCAAUGCCUUUUAUGCUUCAGGAAAGCACCCUUUAAAUAAAAAAGUUCGUGAAAGCUAUGCUGUAGAUCUCACAAAUAUUGGGGAGCAUGAUCUCGCAGAAAUGAUGUUAGUCGACGGCUGCUUCAUAUUGCAACUUCUCCUUAGGAAUCACCAAUCCUGCGACCAAGCUAAUGAUCCAAUAUUCAGUAGUGCUUGGAUGCUCCCAACACUUAGACAUGAUCUGACAUUACUUGAAAACCAGAUCCCUUUCUUUAUUCUCGAAGAAUUGUAUCGCAUUAUUAUACAGCCUCACAUCGAGAAAUACCCAAAGCCAAACUCGGUCGCUAGCCUCGCUCUCAAGUUUUUUCAACCUAUGCACCAACAGACAAUAAAAGAAGGUACGAACACCGAAGACUGCAAGCAUUUACUUCAUCUUUUGCACAACUUCUUCCGCCCAAGUUUGGGCCAUAUCAUUGAACUGGGGGGUCCUGCAACGCCAAGCAACCAACAGACAAAAAAAGAAGGGUCAGCCGACGGCCAGUUGUUGAGCAUAAAUUUUAAUCAUGGAGCAAUCAAAAUUCCACCAUUGUUCAUUGACGACACAACAGAUUCGCUCUUCCGGAACCUGAUAGCUUUCGAGCAAUGCCAUCUCAAGAGUUCGCAUCACAUCACAUCGUAUGUCAUCGUUAUGAAGAGCCUCAUACGUUCCAAAGAGGAUAUCAAACUACUCAAGAAAAAAGGGAUCAUACAUGAAAAUUUUGCAGGAGGAAAAUAUUAUGUUGAUUUCGAAAGUAUUUUAGACCAUAUUAACCUGAAGGAGUUCUGGUUUGAAGAGUUGUGCGACGCUGUGAAUGAAUAUAGUAAGUCAAGUAAGUUUCAUCACUGGCACAAAUUCAGAGCAUUUUGGAUGGUGCGACUUCAGAGAUAUAUGAAGUCCCUUUAUGUCACAUAUUUCUCUAGUCCGUGGAGUUUCAUUGCAUUCUUGGCUGCAGCUGUCGUUUUCGGUCUCACUGUGACACAGACACACUACGCCAUUGACCCUCGCUAG